AUGUCGGAUCAAAUUGAAGUCAUACUAUAUGGAUUGGGAGCCAUCGGCUCCUUUUAUGCUUUCAUCUUGAGUCGCUCUAAUCGUGUUCGUCUAACAGUUGUAGCACGAUCAAAUUACGACGCUGUCCGUGCAAAUGGCAUUAUCAUUAAUAGCGAAAAUCACGGCCAACAUACUUUCCGUCCACACCGAGUGGUAAAUUCUGUGACCGAAUGCUCACCGGUGGACUAUAUUGUCUGCGCCCACAAGGCAAUCGAUCAGGAUGAGGUGGCAGCUCAGUUACAGCCAGCUGUAAACAAGAAGACCACCAUCGUAGUCAUUCAAAAUGGCGUCGGAAAUGAACACCCUUUCCGAAAGCAAUUUCCUGACAACUCAAUUAUAACCUGUGUUACUUGGGUUGGAGCAAUGCAGACCAGCCCCGGCGUUAUUAAACACACCAAGUCCGAAGAUAUGCAAAUCGGCCUAUUCUCCAAUCCACGAAUCGACGUUCUUGUCGAGCAAACGCGACUUGAUACAUUCGCCAAUCUUCUCCGCAAUGGCGAAACCAAAUUUCAGAUCCUCGAUAAUAUGCAAAUUCAAAGGUGGGAGAAGGUUGUCUGGAAUGUCGCUUGGAACUCAUUGACGGCGGUCACUAUGGUAGAUACGCAAACUUGGCUUGAUUCCUCUGAAGAUGCGACACCAUUCACGCGUCAAUUGAUGCAGGAAGUGAUCAAUAUUGCUCGUGGUUGCGGUGUGCCCCUUCAGGAUGAACUGAUUGACCAACUGAUGGACAAGAUCAAUGGAAUGCCGGGCAUCGGAAGCAGCAUGCAGACUGAUUGCAAAAAUGGACGACCAAUGGAGAUCGAUGUCAUAUUAGGAUUUCCAGCAAGAAAAGCUCGAGAGCUCAAGAUCCCGGCCCCUUUUUUACAGACACUCUACGUUAUCCUGCGUGCUAUUGAUGGCCGACUUCGGGCAGCGCUGUGA